UAGCAACAAAAAGUAAACUGCGCAAGACAGGAUAUAGAGUAUGCUCCUUGUUAGUGGGUCUGUGAAGCAGAUGUAAAUAUAAGGUGCCAUCAUCAAGCUUUAAUUGCUGCUGCCAUUAAGAAGUCCGUUAAGACUGCAAGGAAUUUGCUACUGCGCAUCCUGCGAGGUACUAAUAUUAUGCCCAUUGGCCUGUUCCUCCUUGAAUGACGUUUGAUUAUGGACGUGAGCGAGUGGUCUAAGAAGAAACCGGCAGAAUGGCAAGAGUUUUUAAACAAAGAAGUAUCUGUUACAGAUAACGAAAAGAGCUGUCAUCAAGGAUGGGUAUUUACGAUUGAUCCAGUGUCUGGAACUAUUGUUUUAGUGCAGUUCCUGGAGGAUAGGCAGCCAUCUGUUGUUGCAGUUAUGGGGCAUGCUGUACAGAAAGUAGAAGUACUGAGAGAAGGAGACAACAGUAUGUCAGAGAAGCUGACUGCUUUAUUGAUGCCUGAAAGACAGGCAUACAGUCAAAAACAACUGGAACAAAAGAAGCAGACUUUAAAAGAUUGGCUGCUGAAGAAUCGCAUUCCAGUUACUGAGCAAGGCAGAAACAAAGAAGUACUUUGUGUAGCUGGGGUGUUAACAGUAGCCCCACCGUACAGAUCAGAGGACUGCAGCAGUUCUAAUCAAAUUAUUUUAUCUAGGAUUCAGAGCCUCAUUCAAAGCCAGAACUGCUAACAGCUGAAAGAUUGCCAUUAAUGGACAAAAAUUAGACUACUGAUUAUGCAGAUUUUUUACUGAAUCUUUCUUCAAGGUGGUCUGUAAUUAACAAUAUUAAAUUUAAAUUGAAUUAUAACUACUGACAUUCUGUACACAAACAGCUUUACAUGAUGCUCUGGCGUGUUUUGCUGAAUCUGUCGUACAUUUUAUCUUUUUGAAAAUGCUUUUGUACAUGGUUCAGUUCACUUUGUUUUGUUUGACUUGUCCCCUGUGUAGCAGUGCCACGUUAUAAGAAAAAUAACUCAACAAAAGAAAAAAAGGGUUGAAAAAUGUCUGCUAAUAUGCCAGAUUGUGCCCUGAAUUUGCAAUCCUUUAUUUUACGUACUUAUCACUUAAAAUGGAAAUUAGGCAUUUCUGCUUGAAAAAAAAAUGUUUUGUCUAGAGAGGUCGAAUGGCAAAGUUCAAAUGGCCUUGGCGCUGUCCAAGCAAAUUUAAUAAAAUAAGACUUCAGUCCAGAAUCAUUAGAAGUUUACUAGGGGAGUAUUGAAAGCAUCAGCACUCAAAUUUUGGGGGCUUCUUUUAAGCCAUCUUAGUGGUAAUUUUCAGUGUAAUAUUUGCAGAAUUCACAGAUGAAAAUAGGCAACCUGCCAACAGCAAAGUGCUUAACUAGCAGAAACUAAAUUUAUUCAUGCAUCAUUUGUAUAUGUAGUAUGAAACAUUUGGCUGAACAUUUUGAUUGUGAUUGGGUUCAGACAGUAAAUAGUGAUUUUUUGGUUACUUGUAUCAUCCCAGUCACAUUGCAUACUGUUAUUGUUGCCUGCCUGGUGGGUAUUGCUGUUAUGUUCUUUGUACUGAAGUACAACUGGCAGUGGAUCAUCUGUGUUUUCCUUUCUGAAAUUCUUUUUGUAUCAAAAGUAUAAUAAAAAAUGUGAUGGACUGAU